CCAGCCUCAAGCAAAGAAGCAGCCAGCUACAGAUGCCUUGGCUAAAACUAAAGCAACCCCUGCACUGCACUGCAUACCAGCAAGUCCUUCUGCUACUGCAACCUCAUCAUAUCAUAGAUCUGCACACAAGGCACGGACAUAACUAUCUCUUGCGCUCUUCUGGUAUAAGUAACUACUAGGUGCCAUCCGGAGGUGCAGAUCGAUCGAUGGGUUAGAUUUCUGGUUUGCUGGGCCUCCAUUGAAAUACUAGUCGUCAUGCCUCGACAGAGGAUUUUCCCGAAUACUAUCAAAGAAGCCGUGCAAGAGAUAAUCCCUUAUCUAGAGGAUACAAGCAGUACUGCACACAAGGCCAUCUAUUUUGAUGGAUGUGAAGGGCUGGCUGCUUCGGCGGUGCUUAGAGCCAUAGCCCAAGACCCUCCACCAUCUCUGCUCAAGAAAUUCGACAAGAUCAUCCAUGUCGAUUGCUCGAGGUGGAAAAGUCGAAGAGCGCUCCAGAGGACAAUCGCACAAGAACUCAAGCUUCCUCAACGGGUAAUGGAUAUUUUUGACAGGCAAGAUGAAGAAGAUGAUUUCAGGGGGGUAGUUGAAAGCUCCAGAGGUGAGAUUGCAGUCAUUGCGAGGGAGAUUCAUAAUGCCCUACGAGAACACAUAUCCUUAGUGGUCUUCCAUAAUGGCAGCAACAAUAUGGUUGGGUUGACUGAUUCUGGCAUUCCUCAAGCGCCAAUCUUUGAUGUUGUUAAGGUAUUGUGGACAUUCCGAGGAAGGCUUCGGCUCAACCAAGGAAUUAGUGAGAAGGUGGAUGAUUCCCAUCUUUUUCUUUAUGAUACAUCAGUCUUCGGGGGUGGAAUUUUUUGCUUCAAAAAGAGGCUCGAGAAAUUGCCGGGUACACAGAUAAGCUUGGUGAAGCAGUUGAAGAUUGUUGCCUGUAUAUGUUGUCAUUAAAUUCUCAAGGAGGCAGCAUCAUGAAAUACGACUGGACCAACCAUGCUUCUAACUAUUGGGUGUGUGAUGGGAUUAUACAAGGAGAUCAAGGUGACGAAGCAUGGGAGGUUGCAUCUGCUCUGCAUCAACACAUAAAUAUAGAUGAUUAUUCAGCUAAUGCACUGCCCUCUUUUGGUCAUAAACUGAAGACUCCUUCGAAGCGAUGGUUAAUGUCCAAGGAAAGCUCUGUUGUGCAACCAGAGUCAACGUCCUUUUUCCUUGCUGCAAUCACAAGCGGAUCCGAUCCUCCAUUAAGACCCUUGCCUAAUGACAUGUUCCAUCAAUCCGACAAACUUCGGGUGCUCAAGUUAUGUCAUUGCACCUUCAGUUUUUCUGCACCUCCUUUUUGUUGUUGCCACAACUUAAGAUUCCUUGGGUUAGAUAGCUGCCAGGAUCUACUACCAGAAGAAGAUGAGAAGCAAGAUAGACCGGCAAUGGAAUUUUUUCAGAGCCUAUGGGUACUAGACAUAUGCGACACAGAUUGGGAGUUGGAUUUACCAACAUACAUAACAGAGCAGAUGGCUUCAAACAUUAGGGAGGUACGUAUAAAGAAAGGAAGGAUUUGGUGCCACAGUUUUGCAUGGAGACAAUUGCGGAACCUUCACAAGCUUCGAGUAAUUGAGCCUACAAGCCCUUGGCAAACAGGCGAAAUGGAUGAAUUCACAGACAUGGUGAAGUUGGAGUUCCUUGACUUGACCGGGGAUAGUACAAUUCAAGUUUUGCCAAGCCUGUCAAAAGCAACUAGCCUCAAGACCUUGGUUCUAGAUGGUUGUGUUGGGUUGGAGCACCUUGGACCAGAAGCACUCCCUCCAUCACUUGAAUCAUUCAGCUUGGAUGUAGGAGUAGUAGAAGAUCAUUCCAAGGAAGCCCAAAUAAGAUGCAUCUCUAUGGCUGGAUGUGAAAGAUUGUCCGACUUCAAGCUGCGUGGAUCACUUCCAAACCUUGAGGAGCUGGACCUCUUAGGCACAGGAGUCAAGACACUUGACCUCACAACUCAGGUAGUGCAGAUCCCAUGUCUCCAGCGAGUCAUGCUGUUGGGAUGUGAGCAACUCCGUGCUGUACUUUGGCCAGAAAAGGGGAUGCCCCAACUAAGUUUGCUCUGCAUUGACACUCGGGGAGAAGAGAUUAGAAGAAUACCACCGAAAUUUGAGAAGCUAAAGAAAGGACAUUGCCAAGCAUAUGUUGCUAUGAUGGACAUGAAAUUCAUUCAGUUAUUGGUGCUAACAAGUUCCAAUAUGUUUUGGAACACUAACAUUGAUAUGUUCAAUCUAAAUCUCUGCAUAUCUGCAAGUGGACAGUGGCGCAAUAAGAAGAAUAUGGACUCUGAUAACAGUGGGGAAAAAUUGGGGCCAGCCCUAGCAAAGCCAUUAAUGUCCAAUUCUUCUCACAACCCCUACAUUGAUGCAGGUAUUGACAACAUAAGUAUAGAUCAUGACUACAACAGUGCAUCCCAAUUUCAGUCAUCGACCUACCAUGUGGAGAUUGGUGAUGGAAUUAGCAACACUUGUGUCGAUAGCAUACAAGCAACCAAGGCUAUGAUCUUUGCAAUGAACAAGGCCAAGUCGUUGUGUGUGCAUGACAAUUCUUCCAUCACCACAGUCAUCCCAGAACACAUGAUGUCCAUAGAAGGGCAGAUACUUAGAUGGAGUCAUCUGAAAUCUUGUCACGUGGUCAGAUGCCCAAAGAUGCAUACGGUCUUCAAUAUUGUCUGGGGAUACUACAAAUUUAAAGAACUAGUAAACUUUUGGGCAGCUGAUCUCCCGAUGGCCCAUUGCAUUUGGAGCAAACAAAUGGCGCGGGAUUUUGAAGAUGAUGCUUCCUUUGCAAAACUAAAGAGCAUGCACCUAUUCUCUUGCCCGAGGCUCACAUUUGUCCUCCAGUGGUCCAGGUUAUACAUCUUGAGUAGCCUGGAGACCCUCCACAUCACCUUCUGUGGUGAUCUAAGGCAGGUGUUCCCCGUGGAGCCAGAGAUACUGACAAUAAUAGCUACGAACCGCAAAGGUGUACUGGAAUUCCCAAACCUGAAGCAUAUAUACUUGCAUCAGCUGUUCAAGCUGGAACAGAUAUGCGAGGCCAAGAUGUUUGCUCCCAAGCUUGAGACCAUCAGGAUCAGGGGGUGCUGGGGUCUCGGGCGGCUCCCGGCCGUCAGCCGAGACAGACGUCCUAUCGUGGACUGUGAGAAGGACUGGUGGGAGAAGCUGGAGUGGGACGGGCUGGAGGCCAGCCAUGACCCUUCCCUCUUCGAGGCACGUCACUCGGCGUAUUACAGGAAGCCCCUGCCUAGAUGCUCAGUUCUGUGGUGAGCUGAAGAAGAUGUUCAGGCAACGAUGGAUGGCGGCGGAGCCUACAACGAGGGCCGGCGUGUUGCUGCUUUCCACCCUUCACACUGCAAGCGCAAGCCAAAUCGGGAGAUGGUGGAUGCAUGUGUGUUUCCUUCCUCAAGAAUAAAGUGGUGCUAUCUCCGCACCUGCAUCAAGGCUUAAUCGUUUUGUGUGUGUCUCCAUGCAAAGGACUUAUGUAUCAUUGUUGGUGUGGUUUGUUUUCUGCUCAUGUGUGUGUUUUCUCAAGACAGAUCUGAGUUUCCAAUGUGUUCUGUCAUUCAGAUUCAGUACAGCAGCAUGUGUACCUUGUUGGAAUUAACCACGCUGCCUAGUCUGUGUCCGUCUCGGACCAGAACACAUCACCGAGUAGGGCUUGUAGUGGUACGCUAGAUUAGCUACUAUAUAAUCCUAUGUAUCCCCUGUAAUCUUGUAACUCAGAUCAAUAGAGAAAACAAUCGGGAGCGACACGCUCCCGUAGCCAUCAUA